UGUGCUCGCCAAAAUGGCCACAGAAAUAGCUCAUUGGCAGAAGUACUAGUCGUUGCUAAGAAUCACCCUUUUUACAACCCAGAUACCUUGUCCCCCGUCACUUCAGGCGUGGUUCAAGAAAUGUGGAACUUGAUCGUACAAAACAAUCGCGGGGCUGACGCAUGCGUGAGCCUGCGGAAUAAGUAUCGACAUAGUUCUUACUUGAGCAUCACUGGCGGUGGCUCUGGGGGAAUUUUCGUGUUGUUUGCCGUAGACGCAUAUGAACAUCGCUGA